AUUCCGGGUCAGAAGAAAAACACGACAGGCAGACAGACAACAUAGGUUUAUGAAGGGUUUUACUUUCAUGGCGGCUGCUUCUUCUCCUUACCACUAACCUUCAAAUCUUUCAAACGCUCAAAUUUUCUCGGGAAAAUUCUCAAUUUUCCAUUCCUCGUUUUCAUCACCACAAAAAUGUGGUCCAAACUAGCCAAACGUGCUUCCUCAAGGAGGUUCAUCUUACCCUCUCAAUCCUCUACAUCACUGAGAUUUUCUCACCAACAUAAUUUUCCCGAGAAAAUCUUAAGGCACCCAUUUUCUCGUUUCAGUCAAGUUGGAAUCUUUACAUCAGAAUACAAACUGGGUCGAUCCAAUUUUUCGUUUUCUGAACACCCUUUUAGUUUUUCUUCAAUUUCAUUGAAUCAUUUUAGAACCUACGGUAGUGUUGCUGCUGAAGCUAUUGAAUCAACUGAUACAGAAGAUGAUUGUUCUGGUUCAGAAGAAGUUGUUCAGAAAUUGUUAGAUCAAAUGGUGAUUGAAGAAGAGAAGAAAAACCCUCAAUUAGAGGAGAAGAAGAAGAACAAGAAUAAUAGUUACAAGUAUAAAAUGCUUAGGAGGAGACAGAUAAAGAUUGAGACUGAGGCAUGGGAAGAAGCAGCAAGAGAGUAUCAGGAAUUGUUGGAAGAUAUGCGCGAACAGAAACUUGCGCCAAAUUUGCCUUAUAUGAAAUCAUUGUUUCUUGGUUGGUUUGAGCCUUUGAAGAAUGCAAUUGCUGCUGAUCAAGAGAUUUGUAAGGAUACUAAAACGAGGUUGAGUCAUGCGCCUUAUUUCAAUGAAUUGCCUCCUGAUAUGAUGGCUGUUAUUACUAUGCAUAAGUUGAUGGGAUUGUUGAUGACUAAUAGUAAUGGGGUUGGUAGUGCUAGGGUAAUUCAAGCUGCUUGUCAAAUAGGUGAAGCCAUUGAACAUGAGGGUAGGAUAUACCGAUUCAUGGAGAAGACAAAAGUGAAGAAAGCAACCAGUCACAAGUCUGAUAGUGAUUCUGUUCCUGCACCUGUAAAAGGUGAAAACCUGACAGCUGAAGAGAAUGAGAAACUUGCUAAAGAGGAGAAAAGACUUAGGAAUAAAGUUGCUAGUUUAAUAAAAAAGCAGAAGAAGCAACAAGCUUUGGGGAUAGUUAAAGGAAGAGAUCAGGCGAAACCUUGGGGACAAGAAGCUCAAGUAAAGGUCGGCUCUCGUUUGAUACAACUGUUAAUAGAGACAGCCUACUUAGAACCACCAGCCAAUAAAUUCGGAGAUGGUGGUCCAGAUAUUUUUCCUGCAUUUAAGCAUACCCUCAAGACAAUUUCAAAUGAUUCAAACAAUGGAAGUAGGAGAUAUGGCGUUAUUGAAUGCGACCCUAUGAUACAGAAGGGCCUGGAAAAGACUGCUAGGAACAUGGUUAUCCCCUACAUGCCAAUGUUGGUUCCACCGAAUAACUGGAUAGGGUAUGACAAAGGAGCAUACUUGUUUUUGCCAUCAUAUGUUAUGAGAAUACAUGGAGCAAAGCAGCAACGUGAUGCUUUAAAAUGGGCUCCCAAGAAUCAACUUGACUCUAUUUUUGAGGCCCUUAAUACCCUUGGUAAUACCAAAUGGAGGGUGAACAAAAGUGUACUCGGCGUGAUAGAUCAAAUAUGGGCUAAUGGAGGUCGCGUGGCUGACCUGGUGGAUCGUGAUGAUCUUCCCCUCCCAGAGGAACUAGACACAGAAGAUGAAUCAGAAAUUCGAAAAUGGAAGUGGAAAGUUAAAAACGUGAAAAAGGAGAACAAUGAGAGACAUUCACAGAGAUGUGAUAUAGAACUUAAACUUGCUGUUGCACGAAAGUUGAAGGAAGAAGACGGCUUCUACUAUCCUCACAAUCUUGAUUUUCGAGGGCGUGCUUAUCCUAUGCACCCGUAUCUGAAUCAUCUUGGUUCUGAUCUAUGUCGAGGCAUACUUGAGUUUGCAGAGGGACGUCCUCUGGGGAAGAAAGGCUUGCAAUGGUUGAAAAUACAUCUGGCAAAUUUGUAUGCCACUGGUGGUGUGGACAAGUUAAGUUAUGAUGGUCGAGUAGCAUUUACUGAGGACCACCUGGAUGAUAUUUUCGAUUCUGCAGACAGGCCGCUUGAAGGAAAGCGGUGGUGGUUGCAAGCAGAGGAUCCUUUUCAGUGCUUGGCAGCAUGUAUCAAUCUCUCUGAAGCAUUGAGAAGCCCCAAUCCCGAGGCUACCCUUUCUCAUAUGCCUGUACACCAGGAUGGUUCAUGCAAUGGCUUACAACACUAUGCAGCACUUGGUAGGGACAAGUUGGGAGCUUCUGCAGUCAAUCUUGUUGGUGGAGAUAAGCCUGCUGAUGUUUACUCGGGAAUUGCAGCCAGAGUACUUCAAAUCAUGAAAAGAGAUGCAUUGAAAGAUCCCGCAACUGAUCCACAUGCGUUGCAUGCUAGGCGUUUGAUCAACCAGGUGGACCGAAAGUUGGUGAAGCAGACAGUGAUGACAUCGGUCUAUGGAGUGACUUACAUUGGGGCCCGAGACCAGAUCAAGAGGAGGCUUAAGGAGCGUUGCGCGGUUGAGGAUGAUUCAGAACUAUUUGCUGCAUCAUGCUAUGCUGCAAAAACCACUCUCACCGCCUUAGAAGAGAUGUUUGAGGCUGCAAGAAGUAUUAUGGGUUGGCUAGGUGAUUGUGCAAAGGUGAUAGCCUGCACAAACCAAGCAGUGCGAUGGGUCACUCCCCUUGGGCUUCCAGUUGUACAACCUUACCGAGAAGUAGGAAGACACCUGAUCAAGACAUCCCUUCAAGUAUUGACACUACAGCGGGAGACUGACAAGGUCAUGGUAAAAAGGCAGAGAACAGCUUUCCCCCCAAAUUUUGUUCACUCUCUUGAUGGUUCUCACAUGAUGAUGACUGCAGUUGCUUGUAAACAAGCAGGGAUGAACUUUGCAGGGGUGCAUGAUUCUUAUUGGACACAUGCAUGUGACGUUGAGGAAAUGAACAGGAUACUCAGGGAAAAGUUUGUUGAACUCUACGAAACUCCGAUAUUGGAAAAUUUGUUGGAGAAUUUUGAGAAGACUUUUCCCAAUUUGAAGUUUCCUCCUUUACCGGAACGAGGAGACUUGGAUCUUCAAGAAGUUUUGAAGUCUCCCUAUUUUUUCAACUAGACUGCACAAAUUCUCAUGUUGCUUAUCUAGUACCACCUUCACAUGUGGUCCAGUGGAGUUAACUCCAAUGUGAUGAAAUUUGUAAGAUAUAUACUUGCAUGGGGUUGCAAAAGCUCGAAGAACAGACAAUGCAACAAAUUAGUGUUCAAGCAAAUAUUCAGGUUGCCGUAACUCAGUACUCCUUGUCUGGAACUAGAAAUCUGGUGCUAAUUUGCCAUUGAAAAGAAAGAUUGCCCCACAUAUGGGGCAUUACAAGUUGAUUUUGAAUUGGAUCAGUUACAAAGCAAGAAGAUUCAACAUAUACAGCAGCCAAUCUGUUUUUGUCCAUGGUUGGUGUAACAUAGACUAAUAAAAAGGAUUGAAGUGAUCAUAUAAGGUGAUUUACUCAGAUAUGGACACUAGCUCUAGUGAAGCAACCAAAAUUGGGGUUUUGCUUUUUGUAUAAGUUGUAUUUUAUUUCAUUCUUUUUGGUUUGUGGAGAGGGAAAUGGAAGCAUAUGUAGCAUUUUUUUUGUCAUGGUUACUGUAAUAUUUAUUCUCACACUUUUUCCAUUAUCUGAAAUAACUUAUACUUAAUGUAAAUAAUACCAAUAAAAGCAAUAUUAUCAGAAGUUGUCAAA